UGACUGUUCUUCUUUUGGUCUCGCUUGGCUGUCUUUUCUCUUUCAUCACAUUUCCAAUCCAUUCUUACCAGUUUUGAAGUCGACGACGCUGUUCCAUGAGAAAGCAGCAAACAGGAAGAGGUUAAGGGGGGACAGAAAGGACGGAGGCAUACAGAAGAGAAGAAGAACAAACAACAACGAGAAAUACAUUAUUCCAGGCCUAUGCUACCUAUGAGCAUAGAGGUGCUAUCGUUAGCUACCUGUGAACACUAUGUUUGGGGCCUGAUAACCGAGGAGAAAGAGGACGGAAGUCAACCGCCGGUGGCCCCAUUAUGGUUGACCUUCAGAUGAUCGGUGAAGGAAAAUGGGCAGAACCACUGGGUGCAAAGAAUGUGAUGCUUGGGGUAUUAAUGGACAGAAGACCUCCAGCUUGACGCCGUCCAGAUUUCAGCAGUCCAUCUACUGCUACUCUUCCACACAGGCCUUUGUCUGUCUUUUCCUUACAACUUUCAGAUCUAUCAUGGCGCAACUUUGGCUUUAUUCCACCUCAGUCCUGGUGUUAUUGGUCAUGUCAUGGCCGUGUUCUAGCGCCCUUUCUUCACAACAUCUGUGUGGCACUAGUCUGGUUGAAGCCCUUAAUAUGGUCUGUGGAGACAGAGGCUUUUUCACCAGCAACAGGAGGGACAUCGACUCUGUCCUGCGUAUCAUGCCACCAAAGACCGAGGAAGCAGCAACAUCAGCAGGCGAUAUUAACGAGAUUGUGGGGUAUGCCUUUAAGAAACGGCUGGACAUGAUGAUGAAACGUGACGGCAUUGUAGAACAGUGUUGUCACCAGCCAUGUAGCAUGCUGGUCCUGGAUAAAUACUGCAACUAA